CAGGACGAAGACGCAACGGUGGUAGUGAAGGUGCGGUUUCCGGACUCGCAGCAGCGCUCUUCUCUGCGGCCUCGCCCCGACUCGCCGCCUGCCGCCAUGCAGUCCCCGCGCCCACCUCCUCCUGCGUGGGUGUAUCCUCUGCUCUGCGCUGCCCGGGCAGCCGGUUCUGCAGCUCGUCGGCGCGCUCUAACGCGUGCUCAGCAACUUCCGUUCCGCUCCGCUGCUCUGCCGUCUUAUCUGUGCCCAGCGGAGCGGAGGCCUCUGCCACCGCUCGCGAGCCCCCCCCCCCCCUACCCCAGCGCCAUGGACGCGACCGCACCGGCCGCCGCCACACUGCUCCCGGGGCGCGUCGCUUGCUCGCCGUGUCACAGCUCCACGACAUCGGCUCCACCCGCGUCUCACAGGAGGCGCCCCCUCGCCGUCAGCGUCAGGUGCCAGUCCACCAGUGUCGACAAGGAGCAGCAGCCGCCGCCGCCCAGGCCGAAGCAGCGGAACCUGCUUGACAACGCCAGCAACCUGCUCACCAACUUCCUCAGCGGGGGCAGCGUCGGAACCAUCCCCCUCGCCGAGGGAGCCGUCACCGACCUCUUCGGCAAGUCCCUCUUCUUCUCGUUGUACGAUUGGUUCCUCGAAGUGAAUGCGCCCCCCACCGUACCCGGCCGCACCUAGGGGUGGUAAUGUGUCAUGCCUUAGUGGUCUUUUUAUAGUCUAACAAGAUUUUUAAAUUAUUUAAUUCAAAAUUAUAUAAGAUUAGAACCCGGCACUUUUAGGACCGCUCUUAGAUUUUUCUAGUUCAAAAUCUUAGGUCUUUUACCACCCCUAGCCGCACCCCACCGUGUCGUCCCCCUCUCGCGCAUUAUGAUCGCUUCAUUUUUUUAGCAUACUCUGUUCUCGUUACUUUUUUUCACUGUACUCUGUUCUCCAAUUAGAUGUCCUUGACCAUAUAGGAAAAAUCGAAUGGAAACUGAGGACAGCAGCUCGUGCAACACUAACAAGUUAUGAUCUCUUAGUUCGCAGCAUGGCUGUGUCUACAAGCUUGCUUUUGGACCCAAAUCGUUCGUCGUCGUCUCUGACCCUAUUGUCGCCAGACACAUCCUCCGGGAGAAUGCUUUCUGUUAUGAUAAGGGAGUUCUCGCUGAAAUUUUAAAACCAAUAAUGGGGAAGGGACUUAUACCUGCUGACCUUGAUACCUGGAAGCAAAGGAGAAAAAGUUAGAAAGGUUGGAUAUUGAAUACCUGCUGAUAUGCUGUUCCUGAAAUGAAAAGCUCUUAUUACUUCUGCUUAUCAGCACUAAGCUCUUGUACAUUUGAUUUAAUCAACCAACCUUCAAUUUUAGUCUCACAGGAUUACCAUUUGCAAUAAAAAAAAUACAAUAGCAUCUUCCUUCCAUCA